CAUUUAUUAUCGCUUUUCUCCCUGCAAAUCUCGUACAUCCAACGAUGGCGCUUUCUUCAAAUCAUACGCCAGACAUUUCAGAAGGAAAGUAUAAAUACCCCCGAAUUCCCUCUGAAAUCAUCGAGGCAUUCGAAUAUUCACCAUUAGCAUCAGUUGUUAGCCUUGAGCCGUUAUUACAGACGAUUCCGCAAUUGAAGGCGAAUCCAUGCGCGGAAUCGGUAUUAAAACUGUCAGACGGAGAGAAGAAGAUGCUGGAUAUGCUUCUUGAAAGCAAUAAUGGCACGGGAGCCGAUCAAAAAGGCGAAAUGCCCUCAUCGAUAUUGCAAGAAAUAAUGGGGUCAUUAAAGGGGAUACAGAUGAGCAAAUGGUCGUUUAAGGUGCCGGGAAAGAUAGAACGAUAUGGGACAGAAAAACAUAUGGAAUCUUCUAAAUUAGAUGCAUUUUCACGUAUAUUAGUAGAUAAAUGCACUGUAGAUAUUAUAUAUCCAUCACCGGUAACGCCGACGGCGCAUACAACCCGGUCAAAAGAGGGAAUUGUAAAGGAUAAAGAGGGAUGCAUUGAAAAAACAGUAAUUGAAUCUGAUAUGGAGGAAAUAGUUGAGGAAAAUGUGGAAAAAGAGCCUAUUCCUGUACAACCAUUAACGCCUCAAUCGAAUAUAGCACCGUGCACACCUAUAUCUAAAAAUAAUACACGAAAGAUACAAGUAUCUGGUGGAUUUACGGAUAAAUCGAAGCGAUUUUCUGAUAUUAUUGAAAAAGAAGGGUAUUGCGUUGUGGUGGAUGAUCAAUUGAAAGAGGAAAAAGCGGUAGACCAGUUAGAAAAAUUAAUUCGGUUUAUUUUUGAAGCAGAAGAAGCAAUGGAGUCCGAUCCGACAUAUUUAAAGGUUGAAGAGUCAUAUAUGUCAUGCUGGUGUCAUGGGACGGUACCAUUUGAAGGGCUUUGUUUAAAUAUGGAAAUGUUAAGUAAAUUGGAUUUUUGUAUUCGAAAAGUUUGUAUAAUGGGUUUGAUUAAUACAUUACCGGUUGAUUUAUUACUACGAUUUGAGAAAAUAUGUGCACGAUCGAUUGAUGAAAGUCAAGUGAUAACAUUGACGAAACAAUCAUUUGAAACAAACUCGUAUGAAGAAAAUUUAUCUAUAAUUACGAAAAUAGGGACCUCUCUUUAUUCCAUAAUAAUACUGAUGAGGAUUUUAACAUCAGAACAAUUGAGUAAACAGUUAUAUUCAGAGGAAAUUUUAAUUGAUAUGGCAUAUUUUUUAAAAUCGACGUUAGAUAAUGUCAUAUAUGUCCUAAUUGACUGUAACAAGAAUUCCCUUUACUAUUUAUUUUUAUGCUUAUUUAUUUUAGUUGAUGUUUCAAAAAAAUCUGAUGUAUUAAAAUUUAAAAAAUCAUUAAACAUGAUAUUUUAUAAUGUUAUAAGUAUUAUGGAAUAUUUCUUUCAUUUAAUUAGGCUUAUUGAAAUCCCUGAUGGAGUUGUUACACGUCUUGAAUUUCUUUCUAUUCCAGCUAUAUUUGUUGAAAAUUCGGUUUCGAUUAAAGAUCAAUUAUUUAAUAGUCAAGCAGUUGAAGCUUUGAAGGUGGCGUCUAUGGAUAUGAUUCAAUUGAUUUAUGCCAAAUAUCCGGAUCAGCGUACCUUUAUAUUAGAUGAAAUUUUAACGAGUCUUGUUAAAUUACCAAUAAAUAAACAUCAGGCACGUAGGUACAAAUUAAUUGAUGGAAAAUCUAUACAGCUUAUUUCCGCUUUAAUUAUGAAAUUGGUACAAUCAUGCGCUACUUCAUACAAAAGCGAUAAAGGAAUAAAUAUAUAUGAAUUUUUAGAGAAAGAUGUUAAUGAUAUGAAGAAGGAUAUUGAUCAUACUCUGAAUACUAAAUCUAAUGCGUCUGAUCUUUUAGAAAUGAUUUUUAAUACAAGUUCUCAAUUUAUGGAUUCUGCCACAGCGAAUGCUAAUCAUGUCGUUUCAUUUUUAUUGUCUAAGGCUAUGAAAAUAUCAAAAAUUACUAAUGACUUUUCUCAUAAAAUAUUACUAGAUAUUCUCAUAGAAGAUCUUCUUUUAGUAUUACCAUUGCCUUCAUGGCCAUCUUCUGAGCUUCUUUUAAAACUUAUAGUUACUAAACUUUUAAAUUAUUUGGAUAAUGAUAAGGAAAGUUCGCAUAUAAAAGGGUUAUCUCUCGAUUUUUUAGGAAUUAUUGCAUCAAAAAUUCGUCUUUUUUUUAAGAAUUCUAUAGACUUUUCAAAUUAUUUAUCAAAAAGUGAUGUUCUUCCUUCUAGCAUUUCUUCAAUUUUACAGACAGGGAUUUUUUUUUUUGAAAAAUUAGAUGAUUUGAAAGAUUUGUUUAAACUACAUUUAUUAAUCAUGGAAUCUCUUGAUCUCAAAAACAUUGAAGAAUCCAAGGAUAAAAAUAUAAUACAAUAUUUAUGGUUACGAUGGAUAUAUUUCAUUAGAUCUUUAAAACAGAAGUAUACUUUGAAUAAUUCUGCUGUUUCUGAUGAUUAUGCUUCUGAAAUUCUUAAAUUGUGUAUUCGAAUAUUAUUGAUUUGGUUUAAUUCAGAUAACAGUGAAAAUGAUUCCCUUACUGAUCAGACUUAUCGAUUAUAUCUUUUAAAUCUAUCUAUUUAUUCGAUAUAUCAAUUGUUUGAUGCAAUUUUAUCUAGGAUCCUGCGAUGUCUUGAUAGUAAUCAAAUAUCUAUAAGAACUAAAGCCCUUCGUUCCUUAGGACUAAUUGUAAAUAAUGAUUCCUCAAUUCUUUCUAAUACUGGAGUAAGACAACAUGUCGCUGCACGUAUUGCAGAUAUAUCAUCUCAAGUUCGCGAUAUUGCUAUAGAUCUUGUAGGAAAAUAUGCUAUCUUUCAGAAGGAAAUUGGACAACAAUAUUAUUCAGUUCUCAGUGAGCGUAUAGCAGAUACUGGCCUUAGUGUGCGUAAACGUGUGAUUAAAUUUUUAAAAGAUUUUUAUAUUAUAUCUGAUACUCAAGAAAUCCAAGUAGAUAUUGGCAGAAGAUUAAUUCAGCGUUUAUGUGACAAUGAAGAUAGUAUUAAAGAUCUUUCUGCAAAAACAAUUGAAGAUAUAUGGUUUUCUGUACCAGAUGAUCAAAAUGAGGGAAAUAUAGCAUCAAUAAAAUUUAAAAAAAUUCAAACAGAAAAGAUUUUAAUUCUUCAAAGUAUCAUAGAAACCCUUCCAGAUGAAGAUAGAUUCUCAUUUAAAGUAUUUCUUCAAAAAAUAUCUAAAUCAAAAAAUAUGGAUUCUUCAAAUUUUAUACUUACAUCUUCUAUAAGUUUAAUGUUUGAUAUACUUUUAGAAUAUCAUCAAAAUCAGGAUAUGAGAAUGCUUGAAAAAUGCCUUAAUACUAUUGUAAUUUUUGCAGAAGCAUGUCCGAAAUCAUUUUCUAGUGAUCAAUUGAUGAGUAUUCAACCGUAUUUAAAUGGAUUAAAUUCUUCGCAAGAACAAGUUAUAUUUUUUUAUACAGUUAUUAUUUAUCGCAAUGUUUUACCAUAUAUUCCUUCUAUGCCAAAAAAUUUUUUAAAUGAUCUACAAAAGAUGCUUCUUUCUCAGUUAACAAAGCUCCCGGCUAAGAUUCUGAAUGAAGUCGUUCCAUGUCUUUCAGUUUUAGCUAAUUUAUUUGGGGAUUAUGAGCGUGUUGGCAAAAUCAUUUCAUCUUGUAUAAAGGCUAUUGAGCCAUAUAAGACAAUAUUGCAAAAUAAAAAACAAAUUAGUGAUGAUAAAAAAUUAAUUUUACUUUUGCUUCUCCUCGGUUUAUUUGGGCGUCAUUGUGAUUUGGAUAAUCAUUUUCAAGAUCUUAAUGUCUUUCUAAAAUUAAAACCAGAUACCUCAAUUGCUAAAUUUUUAAUUAAUACCAUCUCAAUAUUUUGUUCUUUAUCGUCAGAUAUUCAUAUAUCAGUCCAGAAGGUUGCUUUGCAUAGUAUAGGGAUUAUUUGCAUUUCACACUCCAAGUUUUUUUUAUGUGAUCAAACCUUAGAAAUCAUGAGUAAUGUUUUUCAAGGCACAUCAAUUGAACUUCAAAAUACUCUUCUUUUGGUAUUUUAUGAUUUUCUUUCUCUUGAAGAAAAAGGGUUUAAAGUUUUUGAAAAAAAUAAUCAUUCAAUGAAAAAAGAAAUUGAUAAUGUUAAUAUCUUAACAGGGGAAGCGAAAAAAUUUGAAAAUGAUGGUGCGAGCAUUUCUUUAAUACAAAGAUAUUUGCCUCAAAUUCUUGAAAUAUCUUUGAAUGAAGAUACGACAUUAUCAAUUACAGCAGUUAAAAUCUUAGAAAUUAUUACUAGUAAUGGCAUUGCAAAUCCUAGAACAUGUAUUCCGACUAUUAUUGCUUUGCAAGCUUCUCCUAAUAAAUUCAUUAAAGAUAUGGCUACGAAAAUGCAUCUAGAAAUUCAUGAAAAAUACGAAUCUUUGAUUGAGGGUUGCUAUAUCGAUGGUAUUAAAAUGGCAUUUCAAUAUCAAAUUCGUAUGAAAUAUGAUUCUAAUCUUUUAUUUAUUUUUCCAUACAAUAUCAUUAGACAAAAUCGCCAAAGCCGCAAAAAAUUCUUAAUUUCAUUAACAAAAAUGCUGGAUAUUGAUAUGUUACAGAUCAAUUCGCAUGAUAACAUCCUUUUUUCAAAAUUUCUAGUUCAAAAUAUGGCAUCUUUUGAAUAUAAUACAAUUGAAGAAAUACAGUAUAUUAUUUAUAUUGCUGAUAGAAUUCUAUCAACUACAGGAAUCACUUUGCAUCAACGAAUUGAAACAGAAGAAUUUAAAUUCCAAGAUCAUGAUAUUAUUAAGGUUACUAUAGCAUCUGUUCAAAUGUUAGCAUUAGUUUUAUUAAAAAAGUAUUUAAAAGAGAGUUAUGGGUUAACAGAACAAAAAUGUCGUUCUUUUGAUCCCAAUAAGACAGGAAAUUCUAAGGAUACUAAACCUUUAACCAAGUUGCGUGAUGUUUCAUUAAAUUUAGAUCAUAUACCAAAUAUUACCGAUUCCAUGAUAACUAGAGGUAUUGCUGAAAAAAUUAUACAAAAUUUUUAUGAUGUAAUUUCAAAUGAUGAUAUCAGUUAUACAGAAUUCAUAGAAACCAAUGAACAUAGACAAACUGAAGAAAAUGAAACAGAAACUUAUAAUGAUGAUAAUAAUGAUAAUGAUGAUGAAAUAGAUCAAUUGGCAGAAAUAAAAAAAAAAAAUAGAAAAAAAUCAAAAAGAAAGGAAAAAUCUUUCAAAAAUGGCAUAUCAAAAAAGAAAUAUAAACAAGAUAUUAGUGAUAGUGAUUAA